AUGGACAUCCAAUUCAUAUUAGACCCUUUUGCGUGCGCAGUAUAUAUUGUUGACUAUAUUAACAAGGCUGACCGAGGGAUGUCUCGUCUUUUGCGUGAAGCUUUGGACGAAGCUAAAAAAGGAAAUAAAAGUGUUAAAGACUCAUUAAGAAUAGUAUCUAAUGUAUUCUUAAAUUCUAGUGAGAUCUCUGCUCAAGAGGCAAUUUAUGUACUGACUGGUUUACCACUGUCACGAGCUAGUGAAGCUGCAAUGUACAUAAACACUAGUUUGCCACAAGAGCGAGUGCAUAUUUUAAAAAGUUACCUUGAUUUGCAAAGCCUCGAACCUGAUUCUUCCGAUAUAUUCCAAAAGGGUAUUAUUGAUUAUUAUUCAAAACGACCACUAUCGUUAGAAAACAUAAGUCUUUCCCAUUUUGUAGCAUAUUACACCUAUUCCAAAAAAACUCAUUCAGCUAGUUCAAUAGAAACUCUCAAUGACAGUUCUCAAGCAAUUAAUUAUUCCCAGGCUGUUGAAGAAGUUGAAGCGGAAGGGAAUUGGAUUCCUUUGCAAGAUAAUUUAGGAUACAUACGGAAAAGAACUAAAACUCGAGUAAUACGAUUUCGCCGGUACAGUUACAUUGAUGAUCCAGACAAUUUCUAUAGGGAACAGAUAAUGCUAUACAUCCCUUGGCGAAGCGAGGAGGAAGAAUUACUAAAUCCCAACAUAAAUAUAAAGGACAUAUUUGACGAGUAUAAAGAAAGAAUAAAGGCCGAAAGUAAACAAUUCAAUAAACUAGGUGAUGCUGAAAUGUUUGAAACAUUGCUAACAGAAAUAAGAAAUGUAGAAUUAAUAAACGAAGAAGAAGAUUUGCAAGGAAGAGGAGUCAACGUGGAUGUAUUUGAAGGCUUUGAAUUUGAGACGCAAACAGUAGAUAUAGCAGAAGAACUCAUUCCAGGCGGUAAUCCCGGGCCGCAAUUGUGUGGUGACCCCUCAACUUUCAUUGCGCAACCACCUGUCUUGUCCCAUGACGAUUUUUUGAUUCUUACUAGAAAACUAAAUGAUGCUCAAAGAGACACGUUGUUUCAUAUUUAUCAACACUUUUCCAUUACUUCUCCACAUCCACUAUAUUUAUUUAUCAGUGGUGGGGCUGGCGUUGGCAAAAGUAUUCUGAUUAAAGCAAUUUAUCAAUGCCUAACUCUCUUAUUUAACAGAGAAGCUGGUAGUAAUCCCGAUGAAUUAAAAAUACUUUUAACAGCUUUUACCGGUAAAGCUGCAUUCGGAAUAGGAGGGCAAACAAUCCAUAGCGCACUUGGACUUCCAGUGUCUCAAGCGGGCAAUAUUUUACCAGAGCUGUCACCAAGUGUGGCCAAUACUCUGGCCACAAAACUAGCAAAACUACGUUUAAUUGUAAUUGAUGAAAUUUCAAUGCUAGGAUCCAGGACAUUCCAUCAAAUAAAUCGUAGACUUCAGCAAAUAUUUCAUUCUUCUACCUUCUUUUCUGGAAUUUCAGUGAUAGUAGUUGGAGACUUCAGACAAUUACCACCUGUUGGCGACAACUGGGUGUUUCAAGCUAAUUCUCGAAAUCCUUUAGCAGAAAUAGCAGGUACGCCGCUUUGGGAUUUAUUUGUACUGACAGAGCUUAAAGAAAUAAUGCGUCAAAGGGAUGAUGUUGCCUUUGCCACGGCAUUAAAUAAUAUGGCUAGUGGAUGUAUGUCACCUGAAGAUGUCAAUUUAAUUGAAGGUCGGUGCUUUAGUAAAUCAUCACUUCCAGACACGUGUAAGGGCGCAGUUCAUCUAUUCAGCAGUAACCGAGAAGUUGAUGGGCAUAAUUCUAAAAUACUCUCAAAUAUGACUACCGAAGGAGCGAUUCCCGGGCUGUGGAUAGAGUAA